GGGUCGUGGGGAGGGGAGUCUGGGGCGUCCCGGGAGCCCAGGCCUGUCUUUGUUGGCCUCCUCGGCCCUGGUGUCCGCCACACCGGCUGCGUGUUCUUGAAGGGAAUAGAAGGAAGGAGAGAGCCGAGCCACAGAAUAGUGCGUUUUGUGCUGUGGGUAGCGCCGCUGGCUCUGUCGGCAUCGGACAGCUCCUCCGAGGACUGGACGCCGGGCCGCGAGGAGCCCCUGCGGCGGGGCCCGGAAGGGCAAGGGCGUGCGCCUGUCGCCCGUGGGUUACGGGGGCCGGCCCGACCCUGCCGGUCACCGGGCGCUGGGGAGUGGGGCCCAGCCUGCAGACAGGAGGCUUCGUCUUGGGAACGAGAAGUCAGUGUAAUGCCACAGUUAGUUUGCUAAGACAGGGUCAGAGGUUCUACUCGAAACCGUGGAGUAACGCUCAUCAGACCGGUAAGGUGCGUCUGUCAGUUUUAGGUCCGCGCUUUGAUGAGGGAGCAGCCUGCAGUCCAGGCAGCGUCGUCUUCACACCAGGAGGUGGUGCUUGAUCUUUGGUACCCGUGACUGUGAGUAACUCUGGAAAGGAGUACUCCACCUGCUAGUGACUCUCGGACAAGGCCGCAGGAGGGGAGGCAGGCAGUUUCCACAAACCGCGGUGUCUUCCGUCAGACUUGUUAUUACGGACUCCUGUGGUACAGUGUUCGAAAAACAGGACCACUUCAUUUUGACUCUUGAGUCAUGAAACAUACAUUGUCAAGAAUUUUAAGUGAAAAACUUCUUUAAUGGUUUAAAAGAUAUUAGAAAUGGCUACUCCCCAGUCAGUUUUCAUCUUUGCAAUCUGCAUUUUAAUGAUAACAGAAUUAAUUCUGGCCUCAAAAAGCUAUUAUGAUAUCUUAGGUGUGCCAAAAUCAGCAUCAGAGCGCCAAAUCAAGAAGGCCUUUCACAAGUUGGCCAUGAAGUACCACCCUGACAAAAAUAAGAGCCCUGAUGCUGAAGCAAAAUUCAGAGAGAUUGCAGAAGCAUAUGAAACACUUUCAGAUGCUAAUAGGCGAAAAGAGUAUGAUACACUUGGACAUAGUGCUUUUACUAAUGGUAAAGGACAAAGAGGUAGUGGAAGUCCUUUUGAGCAAUCGUUUAACUUCAAUUUUGAUGACUUAUUUAAAGACUUUGGUUUUUUUGGUGAAAACCAAAACACUCGGUCCAAGAAGCAUUUUGAAAAUCAUUUCCAGACACGCCAGGAUGGUUCCAGUAGACAAAGGCAUCAUUUCCAGGAGUUUUCUUUUGGAGGUGGACUGUUUGAUGACAUGUUUGAAGAUAUGGAGAAAAUGUUUUCCUUUAGUGGUUUUGACACGACCAAUCAGCACACAGUACAGACUGAAAAUAGAUUCCAUGGAUCUAGCAAGCACUGCAGGACUGUCACUCAACGAAGAGGAAAUAUGGUUACUACAUACACUGACUGUUCAGGACAGUAGUUCGUUUUUGCUCUGUUCUCAUUAAACGCAACUAGUUCACUCUUCCUCAGUAUCUUUGAUGCAAAACAAUUUUCUGUGAACUAUUUUGACAAGUGCAUGAUUUCACUUUAAACAACUUGACAUAGCUAUUAAAUAUAUUUAAGUUGUUUUUGACAAAUUCAGCAAUAUUCAACUAGUAGGCAAAAUGCUAAAUUAUUAAUUUCUCUGAUUAGGAAAGGUUCUUUAAGAAAAGAUAUAAUUCCACCUAGUCCUUUUUCUCUAUCUGCCCUUGAGCUCACUAAUGUGGCCAGUUUUAUUACCAAGAAUAGAUUGCGUUUGCCUGAUAUAUAUUUAAAGAUUAAACUUUAAAAAGUUAUUGUAGACUUAAAUUGUGUGAACUUGAAUGAUUUUUGCAGUGAAACCUUUACUAAUGUAAAAUUGCAUGCUCUGUGGCAGCUGUGACUUGGGUUGCUAAAUGUACAUGAAACUGUGUAAUUGAGUUAUUCAGCAAAGGAGAACAGUAUCUUGGUUAAUUGCCACUGAAAGCUUUAGAAAUGGAUGGUUUGAUACUUAACACAGAACCAUACUUUUCUACAGUAAAAUUGGGGUAAAAAAUGAUUUUAUUGCUUAUAGUCUUUUGGGCUGGAAAAAAGUUGAAAACUUAUGAAAUAUUGCCAAGAGAUUGUUACGUGUUUGGUCCCCGCCUAAAAAUAAUUUUAUAGUGUUGAAAUCAUAGCUACUUAUACAUCUUUCAUAUUUCUUUCUUAGUUGUUGGCACUCUAGGUUUUACUAUGGUUUUUGUGUGUGUGUAGUUCCUCUUUGUACUCAUCUUUAUCUAGAGAUUGACUAAUACCUCAUUCUGUUUGUAAAACCAGCCAGUAAUUUCUGUGCAACCUUAUUAUGUGCAAUAUUUUUAAAUCCUAAGAAAUGUGUGCUUUUCUUUUCAGAUAGACUUAAUUUUCUUUAGUUCUGCACUUUUCCACAUUAUACUCCGUAUGAGUAUUAAUCCUAUGGAUACAUAUUAAAACUAGUAAAUGUCUCAUACAACAUAGUAUGUGAGUGAGAGGAAUAUAAAUAUUUACAACCUGAUGUUCUUUGUUGUCAUUUUAUUAUUAAAAGUUUAUUAAGCAGCUCUGGAGGCAUGGAGGAUAUAUAAGCAUUGGGGCUAUGCUGAUCAAAGGCUGUAUUCCUGGAAUUACUUUUGACUAACCUGAAAAUCCUGAUAGGAUCUUGUUUGAGUGCCAUUUGGUAAUUUCUAUUGCCUUCAUAUCAUCCUCCUCCUCUCACAAAUUUUGGUAGCUUGAAGAUUUUGUUAAUUAUGAUUUUAUUGUAUUUGCUUGCUAGGAGUAAGUUGUUCAUGCCACCAGUUCUUUCCCUUUUUAGGCCAGGUUGGGAAAAAGCAGAGACUUUGCGUAAAGCUGUAUUUGUUAUUCAUCUUUAAUUUGAAAACUAUUAAGAAAAUGAAUUUAUUGUAUUUACGUACCCUACUUAUGUCCUAGAAGUUAUACCUACUAGUUAGUUUUGUUUGAUAAUAAUGAAAUAGCCAUAUCUUGAAUUUUGGUCUGAGGAUUAUCUAUAGCAUAUUAAACAACAAAUAAGGCCAAAGAAAAAAGUCUCAUUUUCAAAUGAA